AUGAGCGUCUCGAAUCGCGCACAUCAUCCCUCGGACCCGGAGCAUGUCUCCCUUCCCGUCCAGAAGGACGGCCUUGGACUCCCUUUGUCUGCCCUUAGGACCCCCUCCUGGCCUCCCUCCCCGGACGAGGAUCCCGGUUUGCUUUCCUUUCCUCUGGAAGAGCCUGGUCCCAGGGCCCGGGACCCAGGGAACCUUCCCUCUCCAGCCUUGUCCAUAGAGAGAGAGGAGGAGGAAGAGGAGGAGGACAAAGAGGAUGCGGAGGAGCCCGAGGGGCUGCGCAGCGAGGAGCAUCCGAGUCAGUUUUUCGCCGAGGCACAGCGGCUGCGGGAGCAGAGGCUGUUGCUAGACGAAGAGGUGUCAGUCGGGGGUCGAAUGUAUGGGGUACAUCGGGUGAUCUUGGCCGCAGUCAGCAGCCUCUUCCGAGGCAGACUGCUGGGCGGCGGAGGUCCGCGUCCCCCCUUCAGUCUCGAUGUGGCCCCGACGGGCUGGGAGGCCGUGCUGACCUUUGCCUAUGAGGGGGUGCUGGGCCCUGCCCCAUGGGGGGAUGUGCAGGCCGCCGCCGAGGCCCUGGGAGCACCCCGGGUGAAGGCUGCGGCUCAGCGAAGAUGCCAGGGGGCUGGAAACUCCGGGAAAGAUGUAAAGAAGCCCAGCCAGGUGGAGGAGCUGAGGGAGAACCUGCGCAGCAUCGAGCUCUUAUACCGAGAGGGCGUUGGGUGUGACCUGGAGCUAGAGGCAGGAGGCUGCCGGCUGCAGGUGCACCGAGCAGCCCUGGCCUGUGGCAGUGAAUUCUUUGGGGCCAUGCUCCUGAGUGGGAUGAGGGAAUCCCAGGGCACGAAGGUGUCUCUGCAAACCAUCUCUACCCAGGACUUGCAACUCCUCGUCUCUUUUGCCUACUCUGGGGUUGUGCGGGCAAGGUGGCCAGGACUGCUGAGAGCUGCCCAGGCUGCUCUGCAGUACCAGAGCUCUUCCUGCCUGGAUUUGUGUCAGAGAGCCUUGGCACGGGGCCUCAGUCCUGCCCGUUGCCUUGCCCUGCUCCCCAUGGCUGAAGCCCCCGGGUUGGAGAGGCUCUGGAGCAAAGCCCGUCACUACCUUCUCACCCACCUGCCUGCUGUGACUUUGUGCCCCACUUUCCCUUCUUUACCAGCUGCUUGCCUGGCUGAGCUCCUGGAGAGUGAUGAGCUCCAUGUGCAGGAAGAGUUUGAGGCCUUUGUGGCUGCACGGUGUUGGCUAGCUGCCAACCCUGAGACCCAGGAGUCAGAGGCCAAGGCCCUGCUGCGAUGUGUCCGCUUUGGCCGCAUGUCUACCAGGGAACUGCGGAGGGUGCGGGCAGCCGGGUUACCCCCACCACUGUCCCCAGACCUGCUGCACCAACUCAUGGUGGAGGCUGAAGUUCCAGGUCAACAGAGGCGGAGAGAGCCUGACCAGGCAUUGGUGGUGAUUGGCGGGGAUGAGCUCAGAUCAGACAUGGCAUUAAGACAGCCAUCCCGAGGAGUGUGGUGGGCCCGGGCCUUCCACUGCGGUGUGGGACUGGUACGAACUGUGGAGUGGGGGCGGCUGCCUGCCCUGCCUUCCCCAGGGCGAUUCCGGCAUGGGGCUGCAAGCCUGACAGGAAGUGAACUCUAUGUUUGUGGGGGACAGGAUUUCUACAGCCACUCCAAUACCCUGGCUUCAACUCUCAGGUGGGACCCCAGUCAAGAGGACUGGGAGGAGAUGGCCCCUUUGUGCCAGGCUCGGAGCUUUUUUUCCCUGGUGGUGCUGGAUGGAAAACUUUAUGCCCUGGGUGGAAGAGGCAAUGGUGUUGCCCUCAACUCCGUGGAGACUUACAACCCUGAGCUCAAUGUCUGGAGGCCAGCACCUGCACUUCCAGCACCAUGCUUUGCCCAUGCAGCUGCCAUUUUGGAGAGCCAACUAUAUGUGAGCGGCGGCUGUAGUGGGACUGACCAAUACCUGGCCUCAUUGCUGCACUAUGACCCCAAACUUGAGAAGCCAGGGACACUUCUGAGCCCUAUGGGGAUUCCUCGGGCUGGCCAUGUCAUGGCUGCUCUGGGUGGGCAGUUGUAUGUGGCAGGUGGAGUAGGUGAGACGGGGGACCUGCUGAGCUUCGAGGCCUAUGAUCCAAGGACUGAUAGCUGGACUCACCUGGCACCCCUGCCCUCUCCCCAUGUGGGGGCUGCAGGUGCUGUGCUUCAGGGGGAGCUACUAGUGCUGGGGGGCUACAGCCAUCGUACUUACGCCCUUUCCCACCUUAUCCAUGCCUACUGUCCUGGCUUGGGCCGGUGGCUCUGCCUGGGAACUCUGCCAAGACCUCGGGCUGAGAUGCCUGCCUGCAUCCUGACACUGCCCACCGUGCAGCACAUAUCUUUGGUUCCCACUCCGCACCAAACCAAACCUGCUGGGUGAAGUGGGUAGCAGAUUAAGGGAGGAGGAAGAGAUAAGAAAUAGUGUGAGAGAAGGACAGAGAUUAUGGGGGGAGAGGGAGAAAGCUUUAUUGUUGAUAGUAUUUUAUUCUCAUACAGUGCUUUAUAGCUCACAGACUGCUUAUAUAUAUAUGAUCUCCACUGAGGAAAGGGAGGUUCCAGAACUUCUGGGGAAAGGGCAUCAGGAAAGGGUAGGCAGCUGCAUAACUGGGUAAGGAGAGGAGACCCAGCAGCAACUCCACAAGACUCAGGGAUUCUUGGUGGGAAAGUAUACCUGGUUGGGAAAAGAGUCAAGAAGCUCCAGUAGCCAAAGCGCAGGGUCCAUGAAAAAACAGUUGGAGAAAUGAUUCUAUCCUGUGAAUAAAGGAGAAAAAUGUGGAAAGGCCAUUCAUGAAAGAGUUUGAGAAGUGUGGGAGGAAGGACUAUAUAUUUUUCAGCUUUUCCUUUCCUGGCAUUUGUUCCUCUCUACUUUCCAGUUCCUGGGAUGCCUAAAGCCUCUUGACAAUAUCCUUUCUUAGGCAACUUUGUAGGCCCAGCCUAGUGUUUCCCAGCCUGGACACCACCUCUUGGUGUCUGUCAAAGGCAGAAGUUCUACAUUGGGACUUGGACAGCACAGGAGCCUGAGAUGCUUGACAGGCCCUCCAGGGCGAUGAGGUGGGAGUGUUGUAUGUGGGGAAGAUGAGGAGGAGAGAGGCACCCAUAGUGGAAAAGUGAUGAUACGAGGCACGAGGGGUUGGGGUGAAAGAAAUCAGAAGCCUGUCUGGCUUUUGUCCUUCCCUUUGGGUGAACUGAGGGAUCAGGAGUGAAAACAGAAUAAAUGUGGCAUGAGGUCCCAAGUUGUGAGGGGAAGUGGCAGAGAGAAGAGCAAGCAGAGAAGACCCAGAAAAGUCAUUUCCCCCUUUCAGUCUCUUUCCCUCAGAGUUUUUUUAGUAUCCAUUUCCCUUUCUCUUGGCCAGAGAAUGUUGUCAGAAUCUUCCUCUCUCCCUUCCUCCAUCCUGCUCUUCUUUCCUUUUUUUCCUCUCCCUUCUUUUCUCCUAUCUCCCUCACACAGUUAUUAAUUACCUACUAUGCACCAUGCACUGUAUGAGGUACCAAGGGUGCAAAGGCCAAAGACCGCCUGACCUGCAGAGAGACUUGUAAAUAAUACAAGGUUUACAGUGGACUAACACAUAUGGACAAAGUCCUAGGAGACCCCAGAGGAUGGAGGAAUAAACUCUGCCCCGGGAAGGAUUCUGUUAGGGGAGGCAUCUUCAGAUGGGUGUAGUGUGAACUGAAUCAUGAAAGCUGUCUAGGAACUCACAAGCUAGAGGAGAAAUGCAUUCCAGACAGACAAGAGAAGUAAGAGGGGCAUGCUGUGCCCUAUUUCUCCAUAACAAAGGGGAAGUCAGUAUUCCAGAGAUUCUUCAGAGAAUUCUGCUGCCAUUGCCAGCCUACCCUCUUUUCUGGAGACUUUCUGAAGACAAGGGCUUCCACUUAAUUCUAUAUUCCCUCCCUCCACAAUUCUCCUAAAUCUUUCCUGUCUGGUAUUUCCAUUUCUGCCUUCUGGACAGCCCAGGACAAAGAAGGCUCAGUUCUUCGUGUAGGCCAAUUUUCUAUUGCCAUUGUUUAUUAAGAUUUUCAUGCUCCUAAGAGUGAGAUAUUGGAGCCUUCCUUGUACCUUCCUUCGUUCUGGUCCCAGAAGUACCUCACGUGUGCUUAUUUAUUUUUAUUUGAGAUUUCAUUAUUUUACUGAGGUUUUUUCCUAUAUCUCUGUUAAGGAUAGACUAGGGAUAUAGUUGAAAAUGAGGAGGAGUAAGUAGGAUAUAUAAGAGAAAAGAGAAGGAAAAGGUUGAAGAAGAAAAGGAAGAAGGCAAUUGGAGAUGAGAAACUAUACAGAUUGAGUGAACUUCUGUGAACAUUUUCUUUCUGGUUUGUAUCUAAAGACAGGCUUAAAUAAAAGUUUCAAGAGUUCUUCAAU